CUCCAUACCUACCCAAAAUUAAACAGCCUUCUGAAUUGUGACUCUAUCCAGAACUAUUUCUAUGGCGGAAACAAAGAAAACCCAUGUUGCUGUCCUACCUACUCCUGGGAUGGGUCAUCUCAUUCCUCUCGUUGAGUUGGCGAAGCGACUUGUUCGCCUCCACAACAUCUCUGUCACAUUCAUCAUCCCUACCAACGGACCUCCCUCCAAAGCCCAGAAGUCAGUUUUUGACUCUCUCCCUGCUUCAAUAGACUCUGUUUUUCUCCCUCCGGUUAACUUGGGUGACGUUUCCGAGGACACCAAAAUCGAAACUCUAAUUUCCCUCACCAUCGUUCACUCCCUUCCGUUGCUUCGCGACGUCUUGAAGUCGUUGGCGGAGAAGACCCGGUUAGUGAGCUUGGUCGUCGAUCUUUUCGGCACCGACGUGUUUGAUGUCGCCAGAGAAUUCAACAUUUCACCCUACAUUUUUUUCCCAUCCACGGCGAUGGCCUUGUCUCUGUUUCUUUAUCUGCCUAAACUCGACGAAACGGUGCCGGUCGAGUAUAGAGACUUGACGGAACCGGUGAAGAUACCCGGAUGCAUACCGAUUCACGGCAAGGAAUUACUCGACCCCGUUCAAGACCGUAAAAACGAAGCCUACAAAUGGGUCCUUCACCACACCAAAAGGUAUAGAUUAGCCGGCGGAAUCAUGGUCAAUAGCUUCAAGGAAUUGGAAGCAGGGGCGAUAAAAGCUCUGCAAGAGAAAGAACCGGGUAAGACACCCGUUUACCCGGUCGGACCGCUCGUCAAUGUGGAUCCUAGUACCAAAGCUGAUGCGGCCGAGUGUCUGACGUGGCUGGACGGACAGCCACAUGGCUCUGUUCUAUAUGUGUCGUUCGGGAGCGGCGGGACCCUGUCGUCCGAGCAGGUCGAUGAGUUGGCUCUUGGACUGGAGAUGAGCGAGCAGAGAUUUUUGUGGGUCGUGAGGAGCCCAAAUGACAAGGUGGCCAGCGCUACAUAUUUCAGCGUAAACAGUCGAAUGGAUCCUUUUGAUUUUCUACCCAAGGGCUUUUUGGAGCGGACCAAGGGGAGGGGCUUGGUUGUGUCGUCAUGGGCACCACAGGCCCAGGUGCUGAGCCACGGCUCCACCGGUGGGUUCCUCACGCAUUGUGGGUGGAACUCAACCUUAGAGAGCGUCGUGAACGGCGUGCCGGUUAUUGUUUGGCCGCUCUACGCCGAGCAGAAGAUGAACGCCGUGAUGCUGACGGAGGACAUAAAGGUAGCAUUGAGACCAAAAGCCAACGAAAAUGGGGUGGUGGGCCGGGAGGAGAUUGCCAGAGUAGUGAAAGGUUUAAUGGAAGGUGAAGAAGGAAAGAAGGUCCGUUACAGAAUGAAGGACUUGAAGGAAGCCGCCGCAAAGGUACUUAGCCACGACGGCUCCUCCACCAAGGCUCUGGCGGAUGUGGUUCACAAGUGGCAAAAUUGUUAGACCGUAUCUGUCUCUAUGAUUUCCGUAUCCAUUUUCCUUUUUUUUCUUUUUUAACUUCUUAUGUUUCUCAGUGUAGACUAAUUAAGGUCGUCUCAUGUGAAUGUGACUAAUUAGGUCUAUGUGCAUUUGGUUGUGAUUAUGGGUACUAAUGGAAGUGUCAAGUUAUUAAAAUUAUGUUAAAAAA